CUUCUGAGCCUUAAUUAUAUAUCCCAGUAAUAUAUAGCCAGGCCUGGCUAAUGUCAAGGAGCCCAGUCACGAGCGUCAGAGGUUCCCGAGAGCUCUGGCUGCAGGACCAGGCUCCGUGCAGGGAGGCAAGUGGCUUGUGCCUGGCUCCUCAGGGCCGAGGGGGUGCAUGAUGUGUUGGGAUGCGGCCAGGACCCUCCUGCACUGGACAGUGACCCACAAUGGUGACUGCGGCGGUGUGAGCUUGGCUCAUGUUUGAAAUGGUACCCUUGGGCAGAGGGAUGUUGUUGGGGACAUUUAAUAGAAACAUGCUGGCUGGGUGCGUGGGGUCUGGCAGCCACAGGCAGCAGCCUGGGCUCACCUCCUCCUCUCUCCAGAUCACAGAUGCUUUCUUCGUCGCUGCUUACACCAUCGAGCCUUUGCUGAAGCUGUACGUGGAUCCCAUUGCCUACUGGAAGAGCAGCUGCACCACCUUGGAUGCCACCACCCUCCUCAAUACCUUCCUCCCACACGUCUUACCCGUGGAUGUCGCCACAUGCACCCAGCUGGAGGGGACGACCAAGGGUCUCCAGACCCUCCGCAUACUCAAGCUCAUCAAGCAGAGCCGCGGGGUGAGGGUGAAGCACCGCGCACUGGUUAAGUCCCAGCAGAGAGGGGGAAUCCCAAGCCCAGGAACAGGGGGAGGCUUUGCUCUACCCAGGUGUCGAGGGCUGCCUAGUCCAAAAGGGGCUGAUGCUUGCGGAGUCCUUCAGCCAUCGGAACAAGCCGGGACGUCGGCAGCCGGAGGAGGCUGGGAAGAGCCCCUUGCUCUAGCUCCGCACCCGUCCCUGCAGGCAGUGCCACCCGAGCAGCUCAGCCAGAUGCGGUCCAGAGCUCCAGCCAGAGAUGCUGUCGACAGUCAGAGAUGGUGGAUGGACAGUCCUCGAAUGGGUGCACCCAAUGAGACCCAGCUGGCACCAGCAGGCACGGUGGUUUUGGGGGAGCAACCGCCCAUGCUGCCGCCGCUCUGCAAGGUUUUCACAGAGGCUCUCGGCCAGCCGGUGCAGACAGUGAUGUAUGCCCCCAUCAUGCUCUACCUGCUGAUGUUUGCAUUUGCCAUUUUGGGACAUGGCUGGUAUGGAGAUCCCAAAACUGGAGACUCUGAAAACUGGGGCAGCUGGAGGACUGCCCUCUUCACACUCUUCAGUUUAUUAACCGUUGAUGGCUGGUCAGACUUGCAGCGGGAGAUGGAUUGUUACGGGCUUAUGAGCAGCCACGUGUUCAUGGUUGUGUUCAUCUUGCUGGGCAACUUCACCUUCUUCAGUAUGUCAGUUGCACUUGCGAUUACCAAAACGCAGGUCACGCAAGCUCUGUGCAUUGAGUGUUCAUGCAUGUGUGAAUCUGUGUGA